AUGUCCACAAUUACAUCAGAUACCACAAUGCCAACACAAGAGAACAUAUCAACAGAAACAUUAACGACAGGAUCAACAACUUCACCAACGACAGCAAUAAUGAGAAAUGAUACUGAAACACCAACAACCGUAACAACCAAUACAGCUGUGAUAUCGACAAGCGACGCCACUAUAUCUGAAAUAGAAACAAGUAUAAAAUCAACGGAACAAGUUACAGAAUUGACAACUACGACAACAGACACCACAACACUGGAAAAUGCAACUCCCAUUGUACCAGUUACUACAACAUUUUCAGAAGAAUCAUCGACUGCUGCUGUAUCAGUAGAAACCAAAGAACAGACAACUUCAGAAACAACGGUUUCUCGGACAUCUACGUAUAAAACACAAACAUCAGACACACAAACAACGGAGGCGUCAACUCCUAUAACUACAAAUACAGAACCAACGACUAGUGCUGAAUCUUCAACACCGACAACCUCACUAAGAGGUUCAACAUCAACACCAACAUUACAAACGACAACGACUAUGAAAUCAACAACUACAAUGACUCCAACAUUAUUGCCAACAACGACGACGACGACAACAACAACAACAACAACACAAAGCACAGCAUUUCCAACUACUCAAUCAUCAACGCAAGAAUAUUCAACAUCAAUGACAUCAACGACACAAGCAGAAACAUCAAGUUCAUUACAUGUAUCAUCUGAAGAAGAGCCAUCCUCAUACGCACCAAUAAGUACAACAGUUAAAACAACAACAACCGAACUCCCAACAUCGACAGAAACGACAUCAACACUAACACCACCAAUAAGUUCUGAGUCAGCAUCAACAGCACAAGAUAUAACAACAUCUACAGAGGAAACAACGGAAACAAUGGAGAUUGUAACAGCAAUUCUAAGAACAUCAACAGAAAUGACCUCAACGAUGGUACCAACAACAAUAUCUGAAGCAGCAACAACACAAUUACUAUCAACGCUGCCAGGACUGUAUACUUGCCAGGUAGGAGUAAAUGGAACAGGAGGAUACUUAAACGGAACAGCGAAAACAAAUAUAGAAAUGAAGCAAAUACCUUUCUUAGUGAUGCGCCCAAUUCGAUCUUCGAUUAAGGAACAUCACGUUAUUGAUAUUGAUUGCUAUAUAAGAAACAAAGACAAAGCAUUCAUUGAAUCAAAUGUCAGCUUAACGAUGUGUUUAAACAAUACUGAAAUCACUAAUUCUACCGGAAACGAAUACAACCAAACUUACGUAUUAACUGCUUUUAGACAUUCAACAGAGUACAUUAUAACCUGUGGACUCGGAAACUGUACAUAUUUAGGGAAAAAAUCUUCAAUUACAGUUGUAAAGCCAGAUGUUAUCAUUUGCGAAAGUGAGGAAGAAUGGCCUACCACAAAGGCAGGAAAUAAUGCCACAGCUCCUUGUCCACAAAACUACACCGGUACCCAAAAAAGGAAAUGUAACAGCGCUGGUCAGUGGGAAGAACCAAAUGUAGAUGAAUGUAAGCGGGCAGAACUAGAGAAAGUUGAAAAUGUGCUCAACACAAUAAAUGACACAGAGGAGAUUUCUGGAGAUAUUAUUGAGUCAUCAUUAUCUGCUAUAUCCACCAUUGUUAGCGAAACUCCAACCGCAGAUAAAGAGGCCAGUAUAGCUCACGUGAACAUCAUACACAGUGUCCAGCUCAUAUCGAAGAUAUCUAAUAAAAAUAUUAGUUUCACGGAUCAAAAAGCUGCAGAGAAAACAACAGAAACAUUCAUGGGAGUUGUCAGUAAUCUUUUGGACACGGGAACAGAACACGUGAAAAAUACUACUGAUGAAAAAGAGGUCACUGGUACAAUAUUAGCCUCUGUGGACGGAUUUGCAAAAUCUGUAACGAAAUCUCUAGAAGUCAACGAGACAGUCACAGUUAAGAAACAACAUAUCUUAUUGAGUAUUGAGAAAAUUCCAAAACAGGAGAUUGUUUUCCCAAAGGAGAUCGAAAAUUUAAAUGACUCUAUAACAGGGUUCAAGUUACCCGAAUCAGCAUUACAAAGUAUUGCAGGUAGUGAUGUUGCAUUUACAGCAGUAAAAUACGAUAAUCUUAGGUCGAACUUUGAUACCGAAAACACCAUCAAGACCUCAACAAUCGACUCCAGUGUAUUAUCGCUUACAGUGGACAAUUUGAAUGGAAACCUAACGGGUAACAUCACACUUACCUUCCAACGAAAUUCAAGAAACGUCUCAGCCAACAACACCAAUGCAGAAUGUGUCUUUCUAUAUGAAGCAAGCUUAUGGAAGAAAUCGGGUUGUAGUGUUAACACUUCCCUCUCCAAUAGUUCACAGACCGUGUGUGAGUGUAAUCACUUGACCAACUUUGCUAUAUUGAUGAGUUUGGAUGAUAGUGGGGAAAAUAAGCUAUCAGAAGAGGAUAAGAAAUGGUUGACAAUGAUUUCCAUUAUUGGAUGCAGUUUUUCUAUUGUUGGAGCAAUGGCAACGAUUGUCAUAUAUCUGUACUUCUGGAGGUGAAUUACUGAUUUCACUGCUUAUUUGAUAGCCCU